CUCAGUUUAAAAAAUUGGUGGUCCAAAUCAUAUAAGGAAAAAUGAUAUAAGAAAAUGCCAAAUUCGGACGAAGCAUCUGGCAGGGGAGUACCCAAAGGUAAUAAGCAGCCUUUCAAAGUGUCCAAAUACAAGCAAUUUAUCUACAACAAGGUUACUCCGGGAAAAGUAGUCGCAAGCGAAUUCAUCAGAGGAAUAAAAUCUACCCUCACAUUGCUAAAAACUGCCAGCCCUCCGGAACUACCAACAGAGAAACCUUAUCCUUUGGGAAAGGUCUCAAUCAACAAAAAAAAGAUAGACCAUCUAAAGAAGUUGAUGGAAUACACUGUUGGAUAUGAAGCUAUCAUCCAAUGGCCAACAACUGACCAGGAGCUGCUAGAAGACUUGCCAGAAGCUGAAUAAGUGAAUAAGGCAAGAUCUUUGUAUAUAGCCAUACCUACUGUAGCGUGUAGUCUACUUGUUCUUUUUUUAUUUAGGCCUAGUAAAAACACUCUUUUUCAUACAUAAGUGUAUCUAGUACUUGCC